CGACAAUGUCGUCGAACUAUAACUAUUCAGGUCUGGGUCACAAUGGCGGUGGCUACAGCGACGCCGCUGGCAACCCAGCCUACAAGGAGUCGACCGGAUUCGCUGGGCAACAGGCACCUGCUAAAAAGCCAUUGAGCAAAUGGGUCAAAUUUGGGAUCCCUGCAGCAGUCGUAAUCAUCCUUGCAGCCGUCCUUGGCGGGGUCCUUGGCAGCCGGGCAGUUCGAGACAAAGACGAUGGCAAUAGUGGUUCUGCCAGCGGUGGUAGCAGCAGCGACAGUGCUGACCCAGAGACCGGCGGAACCAACGCUGAGAAGGCCAUUGGGCGGUUCGCUACCGCGACGGACAGCAAGUACAUGAUCCCCGUGUACCCUUCAACGACCAACACUGCGGCGUUCACUUCACCGACAUUCGCCGCUGACGCUAAAGUGCAGUGGCCUGAAGACCCCUUCAAACCCACUACACCCAAUGUACUCGCCGUCCGGGAGGAUCGCCCGCGAAUCAUUGCCCCUCAGUACAAAUGGGACGCUCUCCCUGACCUCAUCCGAAACGACCCCUACCUUGAAGGAUGGAAUGAAACGAUUUUCGGCAAUGCAACGGAUUACCUGGAAAGGGAUCCUGUACCCUAUUUCAUGGAUGGAGACAGUGGAAUCUUGGAUGUUGCUCGAGAAAUCAAGCAGAGAAUCAAAGCGUUUGGUUACGCCUACAGGAUGACCAAGGACACACGGUGGUCGGAAAGAGCUUGGAGAGAACUUCAGAACGCUGCCAGCGACGAAUUCGGGCCUGCUGAAGACAAAUGGAAUCCUUCCCAUUUCCUCGACGCCGCCGAACUUUCAGCGGCGUUUGGCAUAGCUUAUGAUUGGUUCCAUGACGUCUUUAGCGACGAACAGAAGGGCACCCUUCGAGACAUUUUGAUCAGAUACGGCCUGCGACCUGGCCUCGACGCAUAUUCUGGCGCUGCCUCGUAUGGUUGGUGGAGGACGGGAGUGAAUGGUAACUGGAAUUGCGUCUGCAACGGAGGGUUGACCAUUGGCGCGUUGGCCAUCCUUGGAGAUGACGCGACAGGGGUAGCAGAGGAAAUUCUUGGGCUCACGGUCGACAACGCUAGAGAGAACUGCGCCCUCGGUCCAUCCGACGACGGGACCUGGUCAGAGACCAAGAAUUACUGGUAUUUCGGGACCACAGGUCAUGCUGAAAUGGUCUCUGCCCUCUUGACCGCCACCGGUUCUGACUACGGGCUCCUGAGUGCCAAUCCAGGAUUUGCCCUAACCGGCCUGGCCCACAUGUAUGGCUUCGGUGCAACCUCCCUCUUCGACUACGGUGACCAUGGUCCCAACAAGUACUCAGCAACAGCCAACUGCAUGUUCUUGUACUCCGAGCAUUACGAACGACCCCAAUACGCUCUCUUCCAACGCGAGCAAUUCGAUGCCGCCGAACCCUGGAGCAUGUUUUGGUACAACCCUUCAGUUUCAGGGGCGUUCUGGGAUGGUGCCGCGCUUGACCACUUCUUUGACAAUGCCCUGGAUCAAUGGGCUUCGAUGCGCAGUAGCUGGACGGACAGCAACGCUUUGUAUGUCGCUAUCAAGGCAGGCUCCAACCAGGGCCACCAGGCCCAUAAUGACUUGGACGUCGGUGAUUUCGUCCUCGAUGCCCUUGGAACGCGAUGGGCUGGAGAGUUGGGUUCAGCCGACUACCUUGCCCCCGGAUACUUCUCGAGCGAUGCUCAAGAUUCUGUCCGCUGGCUCUAUUACAGAAAGAUGACUGCGGGACAGAAUACGAUCGUCAUUAACGGCACGAACCAAAACGUUGAAGCUGCACCAAGCAUUCGACACGACUCUUCAGGAACAGCGCAGGGGUCAAGUACCGUGUUACAGGUGCCAAACGACUCGACGGCGUUUUGGGUGACCGACAUGACGAGUGCAUACUUCUCCGCAACGUCGGUUAAACGAGGGAUCCGACUCCUGAAUGGAAGGCGGCAGGUGCUUCUUCAAGACGAGAUUGACGCGUCGGGAUCGGUGCAGUGGAGGAUGCACACCAAUGCCACAGUGGAAGUGGAGGGUACCAGUGCCACGCUGAGCCUCGAUGGAGAGAGCAUGAGGAUAACUUUGUUAUCGCCACCUGAGGGUGCUGAAUUCUCUACUGGGCCUGCACAGCGUUCGUCAAGCGACCCAACGCCGCCUGUCGCUGAUCAAGAGAAUCCAGGAGUGACAGUAUUGGCGAUCGACCUUCCUGCGGGGCGGUACACACUGCAGGUGCUGUUUAACCCUCAGUGGCCAGGCAUGUCGGAUGGGGACUUUGUAACACCGCCUUCGGUCGCUCUGGAUGAUUGGUCUCUGACGAGCCACAACUAAUUCCAUGUACAUUUGGUUGGAUUUUCAGUGGACUUUGUGUGUGUGUGUUGAUUGGACACGUACUUACGACUCUGUAAUAUUUUGUCGCUUUAUCUUGUUGCACUGUUCAUAUUUUUGGCUAUAUUGAAAAUGGACAGUUUUGUUUUC